UAUUUAGCAUAUAGAAUACAACAAGACAACAGUGUUCCAUUCUUGGAUUGACGGUGUUCUUAAUUAUUGUUAUUCAAAUUCAACUUAAACUCAGUCGUUUAACUUUUCUUUAAAGUAUAAUUGCUCGGAAUCAGUCACUUCAAUUGUUUUUCAUUUAAAAGUUAUUUCCAUGAAGAGUGCGGGUUUUAGUAAUUAGAUAAUCGCUUAAAACAAAACAUUACUAUAAAAGAUUGAAUGGAUACAUAACGUCGUCACAACGUAACACAAAAAAAUACAUCGAAAAUUUCGCAACAUGUGCUCAUGGUCAACCAAUAAGAAAGAAAUGUUUUUGUAUUACUAAAGUGCAAAUAAUUAACAAAAUAUAGAAAUUAAAUGGUGGUGUGUUCGUGGGCUUGAAUAUAAUUUAAAAAAAUAAUUGCCUCCUGAAUUGUACAGCAUAUAUGAACAAUUAGAGAAAAAUGUGUGUAACAUACUUGGAACAGUGAACAAAAAUAAAAAAUGCAAAUGAAAUUGAAAAUGAUAAUGUGGACAACAGAAGUAAUAUGCACCCUUUAAGUAAUACCAUGGAGCAACACAAUCUACAAAAUCCAGGUGACAUAAUGGGGGAUGUUAAACAGGAACAAUAUGGUUCGACGCAUUCGUUGGACAAUGCUGAACGCAAAAGUAUGGUGUGCAUUCAGAAUGAACUCACCCAAAUGUCAAAUCCCUAUCCGGCGAACGAGAAGCCAUACACCAAAAAUGCCACAGAUAGCAGCAGCGUGGAGCGUCCGUGCCCGAGUCGUUGGCCGGCUGGAUCCGGAUUUGCUCAGCCCGGAAAAUCAACGGGAUUCUUCGACAAUUUCCUGGGAUGCAUGCGUCCGAUAUUCUCCAUACUAAUUGAGAAAUCGUCGGUGAAUGAUAUGACCAGCAAAAUGGAACAGUGGGAGAUUCCUUUCGAGAGCAUAACUGAUUUGGAAUGGUUGGGAUCAGGUGCACAGGGCACGGUUUUCAGUGGUAAAUUAAAAAAUGAAAUUGUGGCCGUGAAAAAGGUGAGAGAUUUAAAGGAAACGGAUAUCAAACACUUGCGGAAAUUGGACCAUGAGAAUAUAAUAAAGUUUAAAGGCGUUUGCACUCAAGCACCGGUAUUUUGCAUAAUUAUGGAAUUUUGUCCAUAUGGGCCAUUGCAGACGAUUUUGAAGGAUGAAGAAGUUGUACAGCCACAACGGAUCGUUUCAUGGGCUAAGCAAAUUGCGCUUGGCAUGCAAUAUUUGCAUACUCACAAGAUUAUACAUAGAGAUUUGAAGAGCCCAAACAUCCUAAUUGGAAUUAAUGAAAUUGUUAAAAUCAGCGACUUUGGUACGAGUCGCGAAUGGAAUGAAAUAAGUACCAAAAUGAGUUUCGCAGGUACGGUAGCAUGGAUGGCACCAGAAGUAAUUCGUAACGAACCAUGCUCCGAAAAAGUGGAUAUCUGGUCAUUUGGUGUAGUUUUGUGGGAAAUGCUAACCUGCGAAAUUCCGUACAAGGAUGCUGAUUCAUCCGCUAUUAUUUGGGGCGUUGGUAAUAAUACUAUGAAGCUGCCCAUACCAGAAACGUGCCCGGAGGGAUUUCGUAUUCUAAUUGAGCUGUGCUGGAAAGUCAAACCAAAAAAUCGUCCAUCGUUUAAAAUCAUUCUCAGCCACUUGGAAAUCGCCUCGCCUCAAUUGCUGAAACAAACCGACAAGCAAUAUUUUGAGAAUCAAAAAUCGUGGAAAAAAGAAAUCAAAACGCAUAUGCAGCAAAUGACUCAGAAUGGUACAAAUAUCCAUAAAUUCGAACAGGAACUAAUUCGAAAGCGAACGGCCGAAUGGAAACACGCCAAGGACAUCCGAAUGGCCUACGAAAAUAAAUUGGAGAAAACCAACGAACUUUUUUUGGAACUCAGCGAAUGGAUGAUGUGCUUACAGGAGCGAGAAAGGGAACUCAACGAACUUGAACGUAAAAUCCCAAAAGUGUCUAAGAAAAUGGCAACCACGUUCGGCAAAAUGCAACUACGUCGAUUCGCUUCGAAUGCUUUGGUCAAAUCGUCGCCAGAUCACAAAUCAUCAACCACUAGCCCAGUGGACACAACACCGGACAGUCCCGUCAAGGCCACGCUGUACACAUCGCUAGACAAAUCAUCUCAGCCAAAAUCAAUUGCCAUCGUCAGUCAUCAGAAACACAAGAAAUUACGACAUCGUCGAAAUGGCUCUGGCGGUGGUGGUUUUGCGAUACCACAAGCGAGUCCUGUUCGCGAUCGUCGUUAUCAGAGUGAACCGGAAAAUCGUAAAAUCAAAUUAGUAGACACGGAAACCCAAACCGAUACGAUGGACAUCAGCGAAACAGAUGCCAGUCCGAGUGCAUUUGCAGCAUCACGCGAACUGUCAAUGUGCCUCAGGGACACCGAAUUGGGCGGUAUGAUUAACUCGGCUAUUGUCAAUGAGGAGUACACUAUGCGCGACGAAAAUAAUUCGUCGAACGGAAAUUUGAUGAGUCGCAGUGACAUUACGUAUCAGGACGCCUGUUCCAGUCCGGACCAACUGGAUGAUGCCGAUGCCAUGAAUAGCAAUGAACGGUUGAAUAUACGUGACUGCAGUGAUGAUGAUAAUUUGGAGCAACUGGGACGUAAAGUCAGUGAAUUUAUAACUGAAAAUCGUCUGUCGAUUCAAUCGAAUCAUUCGGAUAAUGGUAACAAUUUGGUCGACGGUGGACUGACUUAUGACAUAACUCCCAGCCGACGUGGAUUCGUAUCGAUCAACAACGAAAAAGAAGUGACGCUCAUUCGGUGCGGAGGAAGCAACAAGAAAAUUGUCAGCAUUUACAAAGCGAAAGAUGAUCGAUGUGAUGAUAGUUGGACUGAUGAAGAGGGGGAAGAUACUGAUCACAAUUACUCAUUGAGAAGAAAAAGUUUUGCUCGUCAGCCGAUUGGACGUGGUGUUCGUGCUCGAAAAUAUAAAUCUCAGUACUCAAACACUCCAGCCGCCAUUCAUAGACGCUCGAACAAUGCAUUAGCCUCCGAUGAAGAAAACACAUCCGAAUACAGCCAUCCACCUUCCAGCCAACACUCGACAUUGGAAAGCAAUCCGGAUGUUGCCGAAUGCAUUAAAGUCAUAAACCAUCACACCAACGACAAUUUCAGCGAUUCGAGUAGCGGAUCGGAAUCGGACAACGACGUUGGACAUAUUGAUGGAUCGAUAGCCGUAACACCGUUCCAGCGAGACAGCUUAGCUGAAGAGUCCGCUACGGUGGCCGUACAGGCAUAAUGUAAAGGUACUUAUCGAAAGAUGUUAUUAACGCGCUUGGGUAGUUUCAAAUAACAAUUUAUUUUGAUAAAGAAGAAUAGAUAUGAAAUUUGGGAUAGUGAAACAUAAAGAAACCCGAAAAAGUGGAACCACUUAGCGUCAUGAACUCUAAUGUUUUCGCUGAAAAAAUUAAUAUUCUUCCAUUCGUAACAUUCCUCAAUUUAAAUAAACAAUGAAACUCUUGACUUCAGUUUGUGUUUCUAUGUUAGGCUCUUUUCGAUUCAGUCGCAGAUUCAUGUUCGAUUAAACCCGUUUCACCUGCGAAUUUCCAAACGAAUGAACUGUAAAAUGCACAUUCAAACGACAACUGUAUCGCGCCAAAAAUUGAUGCAGGUGUACUUGGGCCCUGCCAAAAGACUACUAAACGAUCAAAAUAUGAAUCCUAUCAAAUACUCAGAUAAUCAUUUCAAUAAAUCAAUCUUAACCUUUUAGAAAUGGCAAAUGGUGCCUGUUUAUACCUGUUCUAAUCGUUUACUUUUCUUGUCAGAAGUAUCGCCUAGUGUUUGACUCAACGUCUUGUACUUCAUUUCUUUUUAACGUUCAUAAUUAUAAGAGCUAUGAUCAAUAGUUUAUCGCUUAUUUCUCGUUGGUAUCGAUAACAGAUGAUUAGCCGUUUCUAAGACCUUAAUUAUGAUGAACCCAUUCGAACAUACAGAGUAGAAGCAUAGUCUUAUCAGCUAAAUGCUUUUAUUGAAUUCUAAAUUUACAACAAACUGUAGAAAACUACCGGUAUUUCAUAAGUCAUAAAGUUGAGUCGGUCUAGAAGUUCGUUUGUCCGUCCACACAUUGAAAAUAGAUUUUUUUUUUCUUAAUUAUUCGUCUUCAACAGUAACUGGUUGUAUGGGAAUUCUUUACUAUCGAUAAGACAUAGAAUCCAUAUUAUGUAUAGUGGGUAAAGAAUGAAAACCAUAAUAUUUUUCGCGUUUAGGCUAGAAGUACUAGGCCGCCUAAGACAUCAUACUUUAAAAAAAAAUCACCAAAUAAAGGAGGAAAGUUUUAAAGACUUGUGCUUAUUUUGCGAGCGAUUUUACAUGGAAAGGAGAUGAAUCAUUUUGCUGACUUACAUGAGAUUAACGUAGUCAUUUUAAAAAUUAACCAGGAAAGAAUUUCGUUAAGUAUUGACACGGUGCAAUUAUUUCACAUAACACUCAUCUGGCGAACAUUAGAAAAUGUUCAAAUAUUAAAUUAAGACGGACUUCAUAUUAAGUUGCACUCCAAUUAUCAAAAUAUUUAGGGUUUUCCCAGUUGAACUAAAUUUUGAAAACCGUAGUUUCAAUCCGUCUGCGUAAGAGAACUAAAGUGAAUUCAACAACGAAGUGAAUUGAUUUUAUGCGACUAAUUUAUUGUUCUGAUUUACCUUUUGAAGUGGAUCACGACGUAAUUAUUAAUUCUGUUAGGUCGCUAGAGAGCUCAUCGCAUUUCUUUGUCAUCGACAACAGAUGACUAGCCGUUUAAAAUAGAGUUUUACUAGGCCACAAUUAUGUCUCUUGUUGUCACAAAAAUUUAAAGCUAACUUUCGUAAAAAUAAAACAAGAAAAUAUUUAUAAAAGUUCAUCAUUCAACUAAUAUUUAAAACAUUUUGUUCAUGAUCCAUACCAAUAGGCAAAAAAAAUAAAUUAUUUGUUCUAUUGACAUUCAACGUUUUAUAAUUUUCGUCCAUUUGUGUUAUUAGAUUUUAAUUUAAUUUUUUAUUUUUAAUAAUUUUUUUAUACGAAAUUUAUAAAGUGCAAUUUUCGUCAAUUUAUUUUCAACAACGAAUAUCAUUUCCAUUUCGAUUUCGAAUAGAUCUUUUACCAACAAUUUAUUUUUAUCGAGAUUUUUUUUAUUUAAUUUUGUAAAGAGAAAUAUUUUUUUUUUGCAUUUCUUCGGAAGAUGUAUUUAUCGUUACAUUUUGUCGUGUAAAUAUCAACAAAAAAAAUAAAUAAAAAAUAAUAAUAGAACAGACCUGUACGAUUGUGUGACCAUUAAAUUCCCAAAAAUGUAAAUUUGAAUUGGUCUUUUGGAUUUACAUUUAACGGAAUUUUCAACCGUUUUUUCCCCCCUUUUACACAGUCACACUCAUAAAGUCAUAAAGUUAUAUACUGCAAUUCGAUCGAAGCAGUGAACAAUAGUAUUUUAAAUUACGAGAGGCGAAAAACGGUUUUUAAAAAUUCGAGUUUCCAUUUUGUGCACAAAUUGUAAUAGUGAAGAUCGAACUGUCGUAUAUAAGAUCUUGUUCCUAAUUUCUACCUUAAGUGGAAUUUUGAAGUGAACCUCGACUCACACAUUACACAAAAUUUUUCCAUUAAAACACAUCUCGGGAAAAUAACUAUUUUUCACUAAUAUGUUAUAAGUCAAAAUACGUUUUUUUUAAUAUACACAAUUCGUGCGGGUCUAAUUAAAUUUAAAAAAAAUAAAAUAAAGUGAAACUUGAGACUUAUUUCAAUAAAACAAAGAUAUGAUAAGUAAGUGUAUUUAUAAGGAAAGUUUAAAUGAAAUGAAGGAAAAUUACAAAUUAUAAUUAAAGAGAGAAAAAUAAAUUAGUAAAAUAUUUCAAUAAAAACUCAAUGAAUUUCCUUCGAAAAUUAACACUGUGUGUCACACAUGUUUUUUCAGCUUUGAGAAAUGGCUGAACAAAGUAAAAGAGAGAAUUAAUAAAAAAAAGAAAAAUUUAAAUUUUGUUAAAUAUUUGAUUGUAGAAAAUAAUUGGCAAUUGACAAACUAAUUAAGAAUUAAAAUCAUAGUGGUCUUCUAUGUGGUACCUGCUUACUUAAAAACAAACAGAGAAAUAAACAAAAAAAAAAAAAUUAAAGAAAAUUUUUAAUUAAAUAAACAAAAAAAAUGCUGCCUUCAUGUAUGUACGUCAAAUAAUUUUUAAGUCAACGAAACAAAGUAAAAAUAGUAUUAGAUCCUGAUAUAAUUAAAUGAAGAAAACAGAAAUUAAUUUUGAAAUGAAAAAUAAAAUGAAAUUUAGAUCAUUGAACUGUACAGCACAUUACACCCUUUUUUGAUAAUUUUUGUUUUACAAGUCUGGAGAAUAUUUAAUUUGGUGUAGCAAAACAAAAUUUCUAGAUUAAAAAAAGUUCUUGUUUUUAGUGACCUUGACCUGGAAAUUAAAAAAAAAAAACAUUGAGACAAAGAAGCAUUUUUUUACAUUUAUUUUUGGAGAUACCACAAACUUGACACCAAUAAUGAUAUUAAUCUCUUGUUUAAAAUGUAAAAUUUAAGAUAAAUUAGCAAUUAGGAGUUAAGUCCCAAUUCAUUGUAUAAUAAGUUGUCUUGUUUAAGAGUAAAAUACAAACCCCGCAAUAAGAAAACACAAAAA